AUGUCCACAUUGACUAUCUCGUCUGCUGCUAAGGGCUCUGAUGUUGUGACCAUCACCACGGGUGAUGGUAAGACGCACGAGUACUUGAACUUCUGGCUCAGAGACAACUGUACGUGUCCACGCUGCUUCAGCGAGGCCACCUACCAACGUCUCGUUGACACUUACAAGAUCGCCGAGGACGUACACCCAGAUCAGGUGGCCACGACGGCCAACUCGUUGAAGAUCGUGUGGAACGAUGGUCACGUUUCCACCUUCUCCAGUGAGUGGCUACAGCUUCACACGAAGGAGUACACUGCGCCAUCGCCUAAGAAGGAGGAGCUGUACCCGGAGCGUGUGCUCUGGACCAGAGCGACCAUCGCCAACAACAAGCCAACGGUUCCUUAUGAGGCCGUGAUCAGCGGGGACCACAAGCAGCUCCUGGACAACAUCCACAGCUAUGGAUUCUCCUUCAUCCACGGAGUUCCAGUGACGGCAGAGGCCACUGAGGAGAUGUGCAACAAGUUCCUUCCUAUUAGACACACACACUAUGGUGGAUUCUGGGACUUCACCUCAGACCUGAGCAUGAAGGACACCGCGUACUCCGACAUUGAGAUCCCGAGCCACACUGACGGCACAUACUGGGAGUAUACGCCAUACCUCCAGUUGUUCCACCUGUUGUUCCAUGAUGGAACUGGCGGUGAAACAACUGUUGUUGACUCAUUCAAGUGCGCAAGGGAUUUCAAAGAGGAGUUCCCUGAGGAGUACAAGCUCUUGAGCGAAGUUGAGGUUGAGUGCCACUCCCUGGGAGAUGUUCAUCUCGUGCAACGUAAGCCUGUUCUCAUCCAUGACAAGAACGGAGAAUUGGUGCAGGUGUCCUGGAACAACUCUGACCGUUCUACAAACUAUCACUUGGACAAUGACACUUUGAAGAAGCUCUACUCUGCCUUGCGUAAGUGGAACACGGUGAUCAACAGACCUGAGAACGUGUUCUGGCAACAACUUGUUCCUGGUGAGAUCCUCAUCUUUGACAACUGGAGGGUGUUCCAUGCUAGAAUGGGCACCACAACAGGGAAGAGAAGAAUGUGUGGUGCGUACUUUGACAGAGACGAUUUCCUCUCGUCUCUGAGAAGAUUCAACGCCACUAGCGAGGAGGACCUGUACAAGCGUUCUACUUGA